CAGACACGCCUUCGGCCCGCCCUCCUGAGCCCGCCCCCCAGGCCGCAGCGAGCUGCUCACUGGUCAGCCUGGGCCCGGCCAGGGGCGGGGAUUGGCUGAUUGGCAUAAGGUCCCGGGACGGCCAAUCUGGAAGGUUGAGUCGGCCGGGAAGGUGCUGGCUGCGGCGCCGCGGAGCGUGCUCUAUGGACCAUGUGCUGCUCUGGAUGCCUGAAGCACUUGAACUGCAGGUUGGGAAGACGUGGACACCUAAAUGCUGGGCUGGAUUAAGUGCCUGAUGAGGAUGGUGAUUCAGCAAGUUGGGGUCAGCAUGCAGUCGGUACUUUGGUCUGGAAAACCAUAUGGUUCAUCUCGAAGUAUCGUAAGGAAAAUUGGUACCAACUUAUCUCUGAUUCAGUGUCCAAGAGUUCAAUUUCAGCUUACCAGCCAUGCCACAGAAGGGAGUCCUGCCCACCCAGGAGAGGAUGUGGUGGCAUCGUUUGCUGAUGUUGGAUGGGUAGCCACGGAAGAAGGAGAGUGCUCAACAAGACUCAGGGCAGAGGUCAGGUCCAAGUCUCCCCCCGAGGAUGACCUUCCUUGCUUUGAGAAGCCCCCAAGCAGGCACGUUUCCUUACCAAACUUGUCUCAGGAUGAGCAUCCUCCAAAGACAACACUGGCCAGUGAGGAGGCCUUGCAGAAGAUCUCCGCUCUUGAGAAUGAGCUUGCUGCCCUUCGAGCUCAGAUUGCCAAGAUUGUGACCCUACAGGAGCAACAGAGUCUCAGUGCAGGUCACUCAGAUUCCUCCAUGGUAGCACCACCACCCCCUCCUCCUCCUCCUCCUCCCCCACCCCCUCCCCCACCGCUCCACCAAAGUAUGUCUGCUGUUGAUCUGAUUAAAGAGCGAAGAGAGCAAAGACUCAAUGCUGGAAAGACUUUGGUGAAGAGCCACCCAAAGCCACCUGACAUGCCAAAUAUGCUUGAGAUCCUUAAAGAUAUGAACAGUGUGAAGCUACGGUCAGUCAAGAGGUCAGAGAAAGAUGUCAAGCCUAGGCCAGUAGAUACUACUGACCCUGCUGCCCUCAUAGCAGAGGCUCUGAAAAAGAAGUUUGCUUAUCGCUAUCAACACAGUAGUCAAGGUGAAGUUGAAAGAGAAAUUCCAAAGCCAGAGUCAGAGGCCACCUCAGAGCCAGCCCUGUUUGGCCCACAUAUAUUGAAGUCUACAGGGAAAAUGAAGGCUUUAAUUGACUCCUAACGGACAAUGAGUUCAGAAAGACUCCUGUUUCACCUGUUGGCUUGCAGAGCUGAGUUUGACUAGUAGAAAUCACCAGUAUUUAGUAAAUUCCUGGCUGUAGUAUUCAUUGGUCUCUCCUUAGCCUAAUUAGGAGUAAGAAGUAGUGAAGCCACAGGAGUUGGGUUGACUCUCAUGAGAUGGUCAGUUCUAGAGCUCUCCUUAACAAAAUGAUUAUGACAUGUUUUUAAAUAGGUAGCCAGGCUUUAUCUUCCAGCCUCAAAAGUAUUUGUAGGGCUUUAAGAUACAAACAGGCCAUUUGUGGAUGUUGCUGUGCAUUCUCAAUUCUUAACACUAAUAUCUGUGCAAAUGUUUUAUAUGCACACAUUUGGAUAUAAAACUUAUGUAAAAACUUGUUAUGAAUGGCAUCAGUGAGAACACUGUUAUCUUCAUCUUCGAGUUGAUUGGUCCAUGACAAAACAGCUGGUGUACCCUGUUAUGAGAGUAGAGUACUGGAGGUGGGAAUGCCCCGAACAGAACUUAGAAAUGUUCUCACAUUUUUUUCCUCUUGGAGCUGAGUUUACAUAAGCAGUAGCAAAUGUUUACUGCUGAGUUUCCAUAUUGCUUUCUGUUAGAGGGAAGUGAGGGCCAGGAAGGCUGCUUAAACCUCAUUGCCACCCAAUACUGGGAAGCAAAUGUACUUCUCAAGUGGUAACAAUCAAAUUAUUGAAUUAAAAUAACUUUGUAAAUAAAAGCCAGAAUGUAUCAUCUUUCUUUUCAGUUUAA